CAUGCAGCCAUCUUUUUCUAAGAAGUUAAACAAAGAUGGUCUUAGCCCCAUGCACCUUGCUUUGCAAAAGGAGGACAUGCUAAUGGUGAUGUGGCUUAUGGAUGUUGACGGAAACCUUGUCCGUGUCAAAGGAAAAGGGGGUUUCACUCCUUUGCAUUAUGCAGCUGAACAAGGAAACUUGUCUAUUUUGAGAGAAUGUUAUAAAGGUUGCCCCGAAUCUAUCAAAGAUGUCACCUUUCAGGGCGAUACUGCUUUACACCUUGCAGUAAAGAAGCACCAAAAGGAUGCUUUUGAAUUGUUGUUGAUGGAAUGGCUUAGGCAGUCUGAAUUGGAAGAUGCUGAAUUUUGGGAAAGAGAGAUCCUCAACUGGAAAAACAAGGAAGGUAAAACGGUGCUGCAUAUUGCUGCUUCGGAGAAUGGAUGGAAAGAUCAAUACCAGGUACUAGAAAUUUUGCUGCGAUGUCAUGCUAGAACUGAUAUAGAAGAUCAUAAUGGUUUGACGGCUAAGGAAAUCCUCAAAGGCCAAGUUGGAUUAAAGGAAAGACAAAUUUGGAAUAUGCAAGCAGCCGGUACAGGAUUUUUGUUUCCAUUAAUAUUAUUAUAUAGAAGUUUGAUAUCUCCUAGACAUUCAGUCCCUCAGAAAGCUCAGAAAUCAAGAUCAAAGUCAAGGUCUUUGCUGUGGAAAUUACGUCGGAGAAGCGAAAGGAAAUCGAGUAGCAGGCGCAAUACAGAGCUGUUAGUUGAUACACUGAUUUUAACAGCCAUGUACCAGGCAUCACUGAGUCCACCUGGUGGUCUUUGGCAGGGUGAAUCUAAUAAGGAUUUUAAAUGGCAUUAUCACGUCUCCGUUACUGGACCAACUGUUCCUCCUCCUGCUCCACCACCACCACGCUUUUCGGGUACAUCAGUAAUGUCUACAAACGCCUUACUUGUAUUUUACAUUUUAUACGCUGGCUUGUUUCUCCUAACAGCUUGGCGAACAAUGGCAAAUCUUAUCAAUGACGGCAGCGGAUUAUCAUUUACUUUUUUUUCUGUCAGUUGGUUGAUAGGUUCCUACUUGUUUUCAAUGUCAGUCAUAACACCGCCUAACGGCUACAUUGGCUCCAAAGUUACCACGUAUGCAUGUGCAGCAAUAUUGCUUGCAGGCCUCAUAUUUUAUAUUUGUAACCAAUUAUUAGUACCUAGCGAGCCUAGAAUAAAACCCAGAAGACGUCGCCAGACAAUUUGUGACAGGAAAGAAUGGUGGUAAUAGAUAUAUAGAUAGCACCCCAUUGACGCUCUUCUUUCAGUAGUAGCUUAAUUAAUUAGCUUUGUCUGUGGAUGUCUGUAUGAUAGCGUGUAUGUUAGUGAGCAUUAAUAGAGUUCCUAGUGUAUAAAACUGUUGUAAUCCUUUGUUAAUUAUUAUCAUCCAAUCUGUAUUAGUCUUUCAUUCCUAUGUAACUACUGCCACUUGUAUUGUUGUACCACAUAUGUAUAUAUUAGUCUCUUAAUCAAUGAGUACCAUAAGUUUAGUAAA